UAGAAACGUCUGCUGCAUUCCAUAUAGAUAGCCGACUAGUACGUCUGGUACUUGCAACUAGCUAAUCAUGGCGUCCUACAUUGGCAACAAAACCAUGAUCACAUUCACAGCGGCAGCCCUGAUGAUUCUUGCUGUGAUGACCAUGGUGGUCGAGGCUCGAGACCUGUCCACCUCCACAGGUGGCUAUGGCGAGGAGGCCAUGAAAGUGAGGCACCAGCAAUGGAUGGCGGAGCAUGGCCGCACCUACAAGGACGAGGCCGAGAAGGCGCGCCGGUUCCAGGUAUUCAAGGCGAACGCCGAUUUUGUUGACAGGUCCAAUGCCGCAGGAGGCAAGAGCUAUGAGCUGGCGAUCAACGAGUUCGCUGACAUGACCAACGACGAGUUCGUGGCCAUGUACACUGGGCUCAAACCAGUGCCGGCAGGGCCGAAGAAGAUGGCCGGUUUUAAGUACGAGAACCUUACUCUUUCAGACGUCGACCAGCAGGCGGUUGACUGGAGGCAGAAAGGCGCAGUGACCGGUAUCAAGAAUCAAGGCCAAUGUGGUUGCUGUUGGGCAUUCGCUGCAGUGGCGGCCGUGGAGAGCAUCCACCAGAUCACGACGGGCAACCUGGUGUCGCUAUCGGAGCAGCAGGUGCUGGAUUGCGACACCGACGGGAACAACGGCUGCAACGGCGGCUACAUUGACAACGCCUUCCAGUACAUCAUCAGCAACGGCGGCCUCGCCACGGAAGACGCCUACCCAUACGCCGCUGCACAGGGCACGUGCCAGUCGUCGGUCCAGCCGGCGGUCACCAUCAGCAGCUACCAGGACGUGCCAAGCGGCGACGAGGCAGCGCUCGCCGCAGCCGUCGCCAACCAGCCGGUGGCCGUGGCUAUCGACGCGCAUAACAACUUCCAGUUUUACAGUAGCGGGGUGUUGACCGCGGACACCUGCGGCACGCCCAGCUUGAACCAUGCCGUCACGGCGGUGGGCUACAGCACGGCGGAGGAUGGGACCCCGUACUGGCUGCUCAAGAACCAGUGGGGGCAGAACUGGGGAGAGGGAGGAUACCUCAGGGUGGAGAGAGGCACAAACGCCUGCGGUGUCGCCCAGCAAGCCUCCUACCCGGUCGCACGAUGAACAAACUACCUAAGGCCACGUUCGUUUCACCGGGAAUGAGCUCCGGGAAGAAUUCCUGGCUGGAUUGUUAUUGUAAUUUAUAUAAACUUUUACAACCGGAUUAAUUCCAGGCCUGUAAAUGCUGUAACCGAACAAGCCCUAAAUAACGUACGGAUCGCUAUUCUACGUACAUGAAGGCAUGCAUAAGAAAGACUAAUAAGGAAAAUAAAGCAUGCACACAUAUUGAUAGUACAUACAAACACAAUUGUUAUGCAACACUCCAAAUA